AUGGGCGUGGAUAACCCGUUCUCCCACCUCCCUCUCAACCUUCUUUCCCUGAGCCCCCCUUUCUCAUUACAUUUCUCUCCCAGGCACCACCUCUGCUGCGCACAGAGGGACUCAUCGCUCGAGUGCCAGGCCAACUACUGCGCACGAGGGGCGAAUCGUGGACUUCUACUAGAUUGCGUCCGUGUCUCUCCCUUCGGACCUCCACCUCCUCCCUCCUUCCCACAUUUCCCACCUCUCCUCCCUCCCUCUCUCCUUCCCCCUUCUCCCUGUCCUUCUCCCUCCCCUCUCCCUCGCCCCUACCACCUCCCUCCCACUCCACCCCCCUUUACACCCCCCAGGCACUACUUUUGCUGCGCACAGAGGGACUCAUCGCACGAGUGCCAGGCCAAGCAGAUCGUCGACUUUAGAAAAAUCGCCUCUGACAACCCUCUCGGCCUCCAUGCCCUCUCUCUCCCCUCCGUGCCCUCUCCCCCUCGAACCCUUUCCCCGCCAGGCACUACUUCUGCUGCGCACAGAGGGACUCAUCGCACGAGUGCCAGGCCAAGCGCAUCGUCGACUUCAACAAAAUCGCCUCUGACGGCCCGUUGGGCCUCUCAUACGUGGGAGAGCACAACCACCUGCCGCUCCUGCACAGCGAACCCUUCCCUUUCUCAAUCUCUUCCCCUUUCUCCCUCCCCGUUCUCCCUCUUCCCCUUCCUGCUUCCCGUCGCUCCCCUUGCUUUCCUCUUCACUCCUUCCCCCAGGCACUACUUCUGCUGCGCACAGAGGGACUCAUCGCACGAGUGCCAGGCCAAGCGCAUCGUCGACUUUAACAAGAUCGCCUCAGACGGGCCUCUGGGCCUCUCAUACGUUGGAGAGCACAACCACCCGCCGCUGCUGCACAGCGAACCCUUCACCCUCAACCCCUCGCACCCCACGCACCCCACGCAUCCCUCGCAGCCCACCACUCCUACCACUCCGGUCUAUCCUGCCAAUGCGACAACCACUCCCACCAGCAGCAGCGCUCCUAGUGGCAACCCUGUUACCGCCGCAGAUUUUCGCGAUACUGUUGCUGCAGUGGCUGCAUGUGACGUGAUGGAUGCUCGAAGGGAGCAAAUGACACCCCCACCUUCUCUCACUGCUCCGGCCACCGCUGCUGCUGCUCCUGCUGCUGCUGCUGCUGCUGCUGCUGCUGCUGCUGCUGCUGCUGCUGCUGCUGCUGCUGCUGCUGCUGCUGCUGCUGCUGCUGCUGCUGCUGCUGCUGCCACUGCCACUGCCACUGCUGCUGCCACUAGCACCACUGCUGCCGUCGCUGCUGCCACCGCAGCCAUUGCUGCUGCUGCACCUACCGCUUCUGCCGCUGCUCUUGCUCCUGCGGCUUCUUCCUUUCCGUGCCUGGCUCGUGACGCCAUAAGAAACAGCUACAUCUCCCCACCACCUCCUGCAUGUGGCGAGACAAUUCUCGGGGCGCCGCAACUAUCAUCCAUGCCCGCGGCACCCAUGGCAGGAGGUGCAGGUGGCGAUGCGUCCAGAUGCGCUGCAUCUAACGAGACAAUUCUUGGGGCGCCUCAAUCAUCGUCCAUGGCCAUGGCACCCAUGGCAGGAGGUGCAGGUGGCGAUGCGUCUAGAUUAAAUGCAUCUGCGUUGGGGCUGCAUGGUGGGUCGAGUUUAAGGCCGGAUGGUGGCACAUCAGGGGCGGUGGAGCAACAAGUGCAAGGGAUGAUGGGAGCAGCGCAAGCGUAUGGCUCGUGGGCGCAGAAUGAAUCCCCGCAAGCACAGUUCCCUCAGCAGUGGCAGGCGGCUCAGGGCUUGCUGCAUGAAUCGAUGCCACGAGCGAAUCAGCUGCUGCAGCAGUGGCCGCAGCAGCAGCAGCAGUGGCCGCAGCAGCAGCAGCAGCAGCAGCAGCAGCAGCAGCAGCAGCAGCAGCAGCAGCAGCAGCAGCAGCAGCAGCAGCAGCAGCAGCAGCAGCAACCACUGUUGCAACAACAGCAGCAGCAACAGACCUGGCAGCAAAAUCAACCUUCUUCCACCCUCCCUCAUCCCAGCAAAAGCCAAUCCUUCCACGAAUCUUCCUAUUCAACCACCCCAUUGUCGUCCCCUCCCACACGCACCUCCACUCCCCUCCCACCUCCACCGUACUCAAACCCAGCUGCCCCACGUUCCCUCACCCCUCCAGCAGCAGCAGCAGUAACAGCGACGGAGGGGGGCUUUCAGGUUCAUCUACGGUCCAACCCAUCAGUCCCAUCUCCCUUCUCUGCUGCGCCAUCUUCCACAGAGCAACAAGGCGGCCCAGCAGCAGCAGUGCUGCCGGUAAAGCAGGAAGGCAGAAGCAGCAGCGGCAGCGGCAGCAGCAUUGGCGGAAUGCAGGAGGUGGUGGGAGGUGGCAUGAAGAGUGGCCCCCCAGGAGGAGUGUAUCUGGUGCAAGAGGUGAUGGGUGGUAUACCACCAGGAGGGUCGCUCGCACAGGGGAUGCCUGGUGGAGCCAUGCAGGGAGCAUCUCUGGCACAAGGCAUGGAAGGAGGUGCUAUGCAGGGAGUAUCUCUGACUCAAGGCAUGCCUGGUGGAGCCAUGCAGGAAACAUCUCGGACACAAGGCGUGGAUGGAGGUGCUAUGCAGGGAGCAUCUCUGGCACAAGGCAUGGUUGGAGUUCUACCAGGAGCGACUCUAGCGCAAGGGAUCAUGACCUUGCCGGCGUGUCUGGUGGGUCUGGUGUUGUUGCCCUUCCUUCAGUUCCUGGCAUGUCUGCUAUCGCUGGCGUUGGCGCCGUUCCUCACGUUCCCAGUGUUCCCUGUGCUCCCGGCGUUCCUGGCGUGCCCGCAGUGUCUGUGGAUGUGUUGA